GUCAAACAAAAUUCAACAUUCAACUAUCAAAACCACCAAACAACCUUGAACUUGACCUGUUCUUCUCCUUCUUCUUCUUCAUUUUGUUUUUCUUUCACAUGACUCAUCAUCUCAAACCCUAAACAAUCUCACACCCACAUACAUUCAUUGAUUUUGACCAUGAGUUCCUUAAAUCCAAAUUUCCAAAGACCAUCAAGAAACACCCCUCAAUCCCAUCUACCAACUACCACCACCAAUCCAUCAUCAACUUCUAAUAACAACAACAAUAAUAAUAAUAAUAAUAACAGUUCAAGAAAAAAGUGGUCAAAUUUAUUGCCUUUAUUUCUAGUUUUAGUAUUUAUAGCUGAAAUAAGCUUUCUGGGUCGUUUAGAUUUGAUAAAAAGUAGUGAUCUUUUUAAUUCCUGGGCUGAUUCUUUUUAUCAGUUUACUACUACCACUACUACUAGUUCUACUUCUGCCGGAGAUGUCGCCGGAAAUGAUCGGUCAGUGUUGGGGUUGUUUCCAGAUGGGGAUGAGGGUGGAGAGAGCUGUGAAGAGUGGUUGGAAAGAGUAGAUAAGUUUGUGUAUUCUAGGGAUUUUAAGAAACAGCCUAUUCUUGUUACUGGUGCUGAGCAGGAUUGGAACUCUUGUGCUGUGGAAUGCAAGUUUGGAUUUAACAACAACAAGGCUGAUGCUGCAUUUGGGUUGCCUAACGGUGCAGGGACAGCUGGCGUUCUCCGUUCAAUGGAAUCCGCUGAAUACUAUCCUGAGAACAAUCUUGCUACCGCACGACGAAAAGGAUACAACGUCGUUAUGACAACUAGUCUCUCCUCAGAUGUCCCUGUUGGUUAUUUUUCAUGGGCAGAGUAUGAUAUAAUGGCCCCAGUUCAGCCAAAAACUGAGAAAGCAUUGGCAGCUGCGUUUAUUUCAAACUGUGCUGCUCGCAAUUUCCGCUUACAAGCCCUUGAAGGACUUGAAAAGUCUAACAUCAAGAUCGAUUCUUAUGGUGGUUGUCACCGAAACCGUAAUGGGAAUGUGAAUAAAGUUGAAGCAUUGAAGCGUUACAAAUUCAGCUUGGCUUUUGAAAAUUCUAAUGAGGAAGACUAUGUCACUGAAAAGUUCUUCCAGUCCCUUGUUGCAGGAACUGUUCCUGUUGUGGUUGGUACGCCAAAUAUUCACGAUUUUGCUCCUGCACCCGGUUCUAUUUUACAUAUUAAGGACCUAAAAGACAUUGCGUCAGUUGCCAAGACCAUGAAAUUUCUUGCAGAGAACCCCAGUGCCUACAAUGAAUCGCUAAGAUGGAAAUAUGACGGGCCUUCUGAUUCUUUCAAGGCCCUUGUAGAUAUGGCUGCUGUUCAUUCAUCUUGCCGUUUAUGUAUAUUUCUUGCCACAAGAAUCCAGGAGGAAGAAGAAAAAACUAUUGUGCCCAAACGACUUUGUAAGUGUACAAGAGGCUCCAAAACCGUAUAUCACAUUUUUGUAAGAGAAAGAGGGAGAUUCAAGAUGGAGUCUGUCUUUUUGAGGUCCGGGAACUUGACCAUGGAGGCCUUAGAGACUGCUGUUUUGUUGAAGUUCAAUUCAUUAAAACACGAACCCGUCUGGAAAAAUGAAAGGCCUGAAAUGUUAAGAGGUGAUGCGAAUGUGCUUAAAGUUUACAGAAUAUAUCCUGUUGGCAUGACACAAAGGCAAGCUUUAUACACAUUUAGUUUCAACUCUAAUACUGCAUUCAAAGCGCACAUUAAAAGCAACCCGUGCCCAAAAUUUGAGGUAAUCUUUGUGUAAUUAAGCACAUCUCAUUUAAACGGUGGAGUACGUGAAGGAGACACUCAAGUUUUAACCAGAGGAAAUGUGUAAUUUUGACCCUGAGAAUGGAAAUCAUAACAUGUAAAAUUCAAUUCUACAUUAUGACCUCGAGCGUAUUAUUAUACACAAUAUUUGAUAGUAUUUUCUUUGUAGCUCCACGAGUGAUUAAAGAGAUAUCUGAAUUUUCAUGUGCGUC